AUCCGCAUAAGGGCAGUUCCAAUUUUCUGAUCUAUGGUUCUGGCAAACUGUCUUUUAAUUAUUCUGAUGUCCGUUUGUGAGCUUUGGAUUAAGUUGCUGAGAUGGUCAAAAUUCGGUGGCCACCUUGAUAUUACUAGAAAUUAAAUUUCAGAAAUGGACACUUCUUGGCUGUAAGGGAUAUGCAAGAUUAAAUGUGCGAUGAAUAGAAUAGAAAUAGAAUAGAAUAGAAUAGAAUAGAAUAGAAUAGAAUAGAAUAGAAUAGAAUAGAAUAGAAUAAAUUUUUUAUUGGCCAAGUGUGAUUGGACACACAAGGAAUUUGUCUUGGUGCAGAUGCUCUCAGUGUACAUAAAAGAAAAGAUACGUUCAUCAAGGUACAACAUUUACAACACAACUGAUGGUCAAUAUUGGGAAAAUAAAGUAUCGCCCCUCCCCACACACACCUUGAAGCCCCCAGACCAAUCUAGAAGACUGAAUUAAGUGGGAAGAUGGUACAAAACAGGUGUAGAAAGGGGAGUUAGACCGGGAUUAGAACAAAACAGAUCUAACGGAUUUAUUAGAUAUCAUGGUGGUUACGUACAGGUGCCUAAUAUUUCCAUAAAUGAUUUCCAAAGACUUCGGAUCACCUAGCAAGCUGAGAAUUUUGCAAGUACAGAAUAGCAGGGCAUUUAAGGGUUAAAUGGAGCCUCCCUGUACAAGGGCAGAGUAUCUGUUGAAUGCCAGGAGGUGGAAUCGAACACCGGAUGUUGGAUUUCCGUCCUAAAACACGACCCAAAAAUGAAAACGUCUUUCUAAGCACUGAUAUAUGUGUGCCAUGGAUAAAUAGCACCAUUUCUGCCUGAUUCCCUAUACAGGUAGUCCUUGUCUUAUAACAAUUCAUUUAGUGACCAUUUGAAGUUGCAAAAAAAGUGACUUAAAACUGUUUUUCACACUUAUGUCCAUGGUUAAGAAUCUGAGAUCGUUUGCUGAUGAUAGGCACGGGCCUAAUAAAACAAAAUUUACCCGUCUCUUAAUGGCUUACAGCCUACAAAACCUUCGUCCCUCCAUAAGGGAAACCGUGGCCAUCACCAGCUCUUCUUUUCCAAAGGAUUUUGUUAAAAAUAAUGGGGCACAAAGGUAUUCAGCUGGUUCCGGCCGGUUCGCCUGAACCGGUAGAGGAAAUCGGGGGUGAGCCCACAUACUCGUCCCAGCUCUAUGUCAUCCUAUUUUUUUUAUUUAUUUAUUUUUGAGGCCAGGCACAUGCACAGAAGUGUUGUGUCUUGCCCGCUCUCACCGCAGCCGGGGCCUUCUUAUCUGCUUCCGAACGCUGAGGAAUGUCUUAGUAUGCCUCCUGGCCCCAGCCCUGGCUCCAUGCCCAGAUAGGCUGAGGAGGAGGAAGCACCUCCCGGCCCCAGCCCUGGCUCCAUGCCCAGGCAAACGGAGCAACUAGACCCCUCCCCUCCCCCACAGCAUGUGAGCCUGAGGGAGGUCAAUUACCAACAGCUGCCGACUGGAGUGACCCUCGCUUCAGAAGACUGGAUAGGCGGAGGCAACAGAAGGAAGGGAGGGGCAGGCCUUAAUGAGUGCUGAAUCAUGGAGCCACACCCCAUGGCCUAUAUAAAGGAUCUGCUUUCUGGCAUUCUCUGAGUCAGGCAAAGUCGAACAUAUCUUGCUGAAGUCACUUUCUGGUCUCCUGCCUGCCUUGAGGACUUUGGCAGAGCUGCAGAGGCACGCCUGAUUCGGAUUUCCCUGACCCGGCCGUCAGCGGAGGAGUGGGACACGACAGGAAGCCGUGCAGCCCAGAAAAGCACAUGCGCAGAAAGCCAGGCGUGUAUGUGGACGGCAAGCGCGCACUCACAAUUGCAAACCAGUAGCUCCCCAGUGGUGGGAUUCAAAAAUUUUUACUACCUGUUCUGUGGGCAUGGCUUGGUGGGCGUGGUAUGGCUUGGUGGGCGUGGCAGGGGAAGGAUACUGUAAAAUCUCCAUUCCCACCCCACUCCAGGGGAAGGUUACUGCAAAAUCCCCAUUCCCUCCUGAUCCGCUGGGAUUCGGGAAGCGGAGAAUAGAUGGGGCUGGGGAACAGUCAGAGACGGUAUUUACCGGUUUCUCCGAACUACACAAAAUUUCCGCUACAGGUUCUCCAGAACCGGUCAGAACCUGCUGAAACCCACCUCUGGCUGCUCCCCACCCAACCCUAAGUUGGAAACUGAAGGUUUGAUCUUGGACUCUCAAGCCGAUGGAUACAUUUCUUUUCGUUGGGUUGUUGGAAUGAAAAUCGGCGGCGGCUUCAGUUUGUGAGAAUGUGUGUGUGGUUGUCCUGCUUUGCUGCUGUGUGUGCGCCGAGCAGCGGUUUAAAAAAACAACAACAAACACCCAGGAAGAAAAAUUACAGAAAGUCGGGAAGGGAAUGUUCUCCAAGGCAGAGAUGACAGCCACAGAGGAGAGAGAGAGAGAGAGAGGACGGGAGACGGACUCUUAAAGCGAUGUGAGCAGGUUUAUGGAGGAGUUUUGGGGAAGACGCAGCAUUGAGCCUCGUUCCCAUCUGGGGUUUCUUCUCCUCAAGAGAUUUGUGGGUUAUCAAACCCCCCAUGCAGAGGGAAAACUCCUGUCAAGGCCACUCCUAUAAGGGACCCAAUAUUUUAUAUAUACCGGAGUUUAUGAAGCUUUGAAAUUUGAAGUUGUCCAGCAAGGUAGGUUCAUCUAUCUGCGUAAAAUGUUACGGAGGGUUGGAGUUCAACCGGGUUCAAAUCCAACAGGGAUUUGUUCUAACAAGCAGAUGCCCGUAGCGUUCGAUACGGUGUCUUUGUGAGUUAAGCGGAGCGGCUAUUUCACUCCAGGCUCCCCAAUGAGGACUAGACGCUUGCGCUGACCCGGAGCGCAAAGGAUUCUCCUUCCAGGAUAAAACCAGGUCCUUCUUCGGAGGAAAAGUGAGGAAGGGAGUUGAUUCUCAAUUCAUCGCAAUUUUUUUUUUCAUAAAGAGAAAGGGGGAAAUUCUGAUUUAUUUAUUUGUUUCCUCCUCUCUGUAAAUCUGUGAUUGCAAGGCUUUGGCGCCAAAGCCUUAAAUCCCAUUUAAGAUUCAUGGGGUGUGUUUAUUAUUAUUAUUAUUAUUAUUAUUAUUAUUAUUAUUAUUAUUAUUAUUAUUAUUAUUAUUAUUAUUAUUUUCUUCUCUCGCUGCCUCUUCUUGGCCCACUUCGACUGCAUUGGGUUAAUUAAAUGUUCCCAUUAAGAUGCAAAUUCCCAGCCAGAGGCUUUGCGGGAGUGAUCACACACACACACACCCCGCUGAAAAUGUGCAAGGUGCCAAUUUUGCAUCACAUUUUGUUCUCUGUAAAAGGGCGAUGACCAAACAGGACUGUGAAGAAGAAGGAACAACUGCAAAUUCUUCUCCAAAACCCUUCAGGUUAUUUUCUUUCUCCCCCCACCCCAUCUACGCUUCCCUUAAAAUUGAUUUUUUCCUCCCUCCCAAAAGCACCUUUCUUUCCUACUUCCUGAAAACCAUAUUUGCCACGUAGCACCUCCGGGAUCUUCCCAGAGUGCCAUUGGGCCUCCCAGAGGCCAUCUGUCACACCCCAGACAUCUCAAACCCAACGCUUGGCUCGAACAAACUUGGAGGGCUUUAGCAAGCGAGCCGUUUCACCUUCCUGCCCUUAAAACUUUGGCAAUUAAAAAAAAAUAAAAUCCAGCUUCUUAAGCGGGCCUGUGAAAGCUUUCCCAAAUCUUUUUAUAGGUGCACUAAACACAAUAUAAUAAAAGGGGGCUACGUUAUUGUUAGGAUUUGUGGUGGGGGAGAAGGGAGAGAAUGAAAGUGGCUUACUUUUGCUGACUAAAAUUAAGCCAGAAGUGUUCUUCACCUGAAGGCAGAAGUAAUGGAUGGAAACUUAUCAAGGAGAGAAGCGACCUGGAAUUAAGGAGAAACUUCCUGACAGUGAGAAUAAUUAACCAGUAGAAUUUAAAAUUUACAUUUAUAUUCAGAUGUUGUGGGUGCUCUAUCAUUGGAGGUUUUUAAGAGGAGAUGGGACAAUCCUUUGUCCGGAAUGGUCUAGGGCAGGGGUCUGCAACCUGCAGCUCUGGAGCCACAUGUGGCUCUGGAGCUGCAUAUGGCUCUUUCAUCUCUCUGCUGCGGCUCCCUGUCACUCAAAAUAUGCGUCACAACCCCCAAUGUGUGACACCUGCGGCAGGUGAUUUAUUGAGCUUUUUGACCGAUCUUUUUUUUUUUUUUUUGGAGUGCAAAAUGUUUUUAUUGCACGCAGAAAUAAAAAUGUGUUUUCUCCGUAGCUGUUCAUUGAUUUCAUAAAUGCAACACGUUAUAGUUGUUUUUUUUUAUUCGUAGCAUAAAGGUAAAAAAAAAACGAUAUAUGCAGUGUUGUCUUCAUUUUAGACGUGAAAAGGGUUUUUGUGGCUCCCGGUGUUUUCUUUUCUGUGGGAAACGGUUCCAAAUGGCUCUUUUUGUGUGUUUAAGGUUGCCGACCCCUGGUCUAGGCUCUCCUGCUUGAGCAGAAGGCUGGACUAAAUGACUUCCAAGGUCUCCUUCCAACUCUGUUAUUCUGUAUAAUCUUAAUUGUGGACAAGAAGUAACAGGUGGAAGAUUAUUAGAAUUAAAGAGAAAUGUAUUGAAUAAUAAGGGCAAUUAACCAGUGGAACAUCUUGUCACCAGACGUUAUGGGGGGCUACAUCACUGGAGGUUUUCAAGAAGAGAUUGGACCACCGUUUGUCUGAAAUGGGAUGGGGUCUCCUGCUCCAGCAGGGGGUUGGACUACAAGACCUCCAAGGUCCCUUCCAACUGUUUUUCUAUUAAGCUUGUCUUAGCCUUUUUUUUUUCUAUGGGAUUAACAUUUCAGUCCAUGGGGGCAUGGCCGCGCCAAAGAUCCCCGAGCCCCCUAGAUGUUGCCUUCUGGCAUGAACCUCCAACCUCUCCUGACCUCUCCUGACCCCCCUCUUUCUCCAUCUCCUGCCCCCCUCGGUUGCCCCGAUAACAUCUGUGUCCUUUGGCCUCUCUUGCUUUGCCACGGACGCCUCUUGUUUUAAUGCAGCGGUGGGAAUCUUGCCAAGGAGCUACUUAAAAGAAAUUACUUCGCGCUGACUGGUUGGGAUACGGGAGCUUUCUUUGCGAAGCCGUCUCAGCACGGACGGGCGAUAGAAAUCCAAUGUUAUCAGACGCAUUCUUGCUUUUUAUUCUGGGCUUUAUGGUGGAGGGUAUGUAUCCAGGGGUGGGCUUAAAAUUUUUUAGCAUUUUUUAGCGAGGGGUUCUCCGCCUGGUUGCCCAUGGUGGGCGUGGCCUCCUAGUUAGCCUCCUGCACCAUUGCGGGGGGGGGGAGCGUUUUUGCCCUCCCCGGGCUCCCGAGGCUUUCCUUGAGCCUCCAGGAGCGCGAAAACGGCCUCCCCAGGUUUUGGAGGCCCUCUGGAGGCUGGAAAUGGGACCAUUUCCGGCCUUCCGGAACUUCCGGUAGGCCUGUUUUUAAACAGACACACAUCGCCGAGCCUCCACACGAGCCCUGCACUUACCUGCAUCCGAAAUAGACUGCGUGGGGACUCCUGAGAGGGGCGGGGUGAGCAGGGUGGAGCCAGCCAGGAGGGGGAUUUGGGGGCUCCCCGAACUGCACAGAAUCUUAGGUUCUCCCGAACCCCUGCGGAUCCCCAGCAGCCCACCUCUGUAGGUAUGCAGUCCGUCAUUCAGAAUACAGCUGGAAAGGGCUUCCUUCGGAGGUCUUCUACUCCAACCCCCUGCUCAAGCAGGAGACCCCGAGACCAUUCCAGACAAGUGGCUGUCUAGCCUUUCCUUUAAAAGCGUUGGAGCACCCGCAACUUCUGGUGGCAAGCAGUUCCACCGGUGAAUUGUCCUCACCGUUAGGAAGUUUCUCUUUAAUUCCAGCUGGAUUAGGCUGCAUCCGUUGUUUCUCGUCCUGCCUUCAGGUGCUUUGGAGAAUAGGUGGAACCCCCCCCCUCUUCUUAAGACCCCAAAAGUUUCUCAGGUGUGGCCUACUUAAGUAAGAAAGCCCAAGAUGGGGGGGAAAAAUCCAUCUUGAACUGCAAAUGUUCCUUUCCAGAUGUUCAAAAUCCAGCUUCAAUAUGGUAGGUCUUCUUCUACCUGCCUGUUUGUUGAUGCCUUCUAACUGUGGGUGCCUUUGUGUUGUUUAGCUGUUGUUUCAGGAAGUUCUCGAGAUGUUGAGCAGGACCUCUUCACCGGAUCUGCCGUCCUCUUGGUUGCAAGUCUUUCUGGGGAUGAUGAUCUUGCUGGGAUCUGGACAGAACUGCUCUUUCAGGUGUAAAUGUUUGGUUCAGGAGAAAGUUGUCUUCUGCAACAGCCGGAAUCUGACCACUGUGCCCAUCAAGAUCCCCCCGGAUUCAGAAUUCUUGGACUUAAGCCAAAACAGCCUUCGUACCCUAUAUCAGGGCAUGUUCUCCCGUCUCCAAGCCCUAAAAGAGCUGGACCUCAGCUACAACAUCAUCUCCAACAUUGAGCAGGGGGCCUUCAACGGCCUUCAGAAGAUCAUGACCCUCCGACUAGCGGGCAACAAGUUGAAGAUGAUUCCAGAUGGGGUCUUCACAGGGCUGCCCAACCUCUCCGUUCUUGACCUGAGAGACAACAAGAUCCUCGUCUUCUUGGACCACACGUUCAAAGACCUCUUCAGUCUUGGGAGCCUAGACAUAAGGAACAAUCCUCUGGUCUUGAUUUCAGGUCAGGCUUUCCGAGGCCUCCAACAUCUGAGGAGGUUCACUCUGCAAAAAUGCAACUUCACCAGCCUGCCAACCGAGGCCUUGUUCCACCUUCACCAUCUGGUGGAGCUUCAUCUCAAUGUUCUCGAUCUCAGAGUCCUCCACAACUAUUCCUUUCGGAAACUCCAUAAGUUGAAAAUUCUGGAGAUCAACCAGUGGCCUUUCUUGAAAAUUCUGGAGCCUCACAGUCUUUCUGGCUUAAACCUUACUUCUUUGUACAUCGUCAGAUGCAACCUCCAUGAUGUUCCUUAUAGGGCCCUCAAGCACCUGGUCCAUCUCCAUCUCCUUGACCUCUCUUACAAUCCCAUCUCAAAGAUCCGUGGAAGGAAGUUGCUAGAUCUCUCCCGCCUCCGAGAGUUCCACCUUACGGGUGGACGACUGGCCACCAUCCAGGCCAACGCGUUUGAAGGCCUCGUCCAUUUCCGUCUCCUCAAUGUCUCAGCCAACCAUCUCCGGACCCUUGAAGAAAGGGUCUUCCACUCGGUGGGGAACCUAGAAGUCCUUCGGCUGGACCAAAACCCUUUGGCCUGUGACUGUCGCCUCCUUUGGAUCUUGAAGAGACGACAGAGGUUGAACUUUGAGGCUCAGCUGCCCAUCUGCGCCACCAGCUCAGAAGAAGGAGGAGAGAAGGUCUUCCAUGACUUCUCCAGCGCUCUGGCGCACCACUUCACCUGUCGGAAGUCUACGAUUGAGAACAAGACCUUCCAGAAAGUGGUCGUUCAUGAAGGGGAGCAGGCCAACUUGACUUGUAGCAGUGAUGGAGAUCCACCACCCAGUAUUUCUUGGGUGAACCCUCAAAACAUCACCUUAGACUCAACCGGCAAAGGCCGUUCAACCGUCCUUCCUGAUGGGACUCUUAAGAUUCUAUACGUCCUGCUUGAAGACAGUGGACUGUACCGUUGUGUUGCGAGCAACGCGGCCGGCAAUGAUUCUAUGGUAGCUUCUCUCCAGGUUCUUGUCCCUCUGUUCAACCAGUCCCUGGUCUGGAAGGACUCCGGUCUGCGCAAUAAAACGGCGAUCUCCUCCCUCUUCUUCCUCCACACCAGCAUCUGGCUGGGCAUCUUGACCAUUGGGAUUGUCCCUUUUCUUUGCUCUGUCCUGCUCUGCUUCACCUUCAUCUUCCUCUACAGCAGAGGCCGGGGGAACGUCACCCACCAGGUAAUUCAUGCCGAGACCCGUCCUUCCCGAGGUUAUAAGGCCAUCAUGGGCCAACGAAGACCCUCACCCAAAAAGUCACAAAGAACCUCCCCCCGAAAACCGAGAUGAACUCUUGAGGUCCUCCUGGUAGCAGCUCUUCAAGUUCCUUCUUAUCCACCAAGAGGUCCAAGCAGAUAAAUUGAGGAGAGCUGUUUGAGAAUUGCAACCAUGUCUUUGGUUCGCCCCAAUAUACCCUCUUUCUCUCACCUGGAGUCACAGCUAGAUUAAAAAAAAAAACUAGCAAAGGAUUGAGUGACACCUCCCUUGCAAUUUUUUUUAAAAAAUAACUCAAAUGCUCAUCAAACUUUUUUUUCCCCAAGGAAAUGACGAAUAGGGAAAUAAUUCUGUAAUUACAGGAAAAGAAGAUAUGGAUUCAGAUGUAGCCAAAAUUCAGGGACUUUUGUCAACUCAGCCUGUUUAUUAAUAAA